AUCAAAUACGUAAUUAUUAAAUGGAGGUAGACCCAUCAAAAGCUAGAGGUCAUGUUAUCUGUGAAGAAGAUAUGGAAUUCUCAGAAGAUCUAUGCCAGCUAUACCACUUAUGUGUAGGGUUCAACCAAGACCCUUGCAAUGAAGAUGACUUCAAAUUUAUUUAUGAAUAUGAUGAUGAUUUCACAACUUUCCCCACCAUUAGCGUACUUGCUUUAAAGGUUUGCCUUACAAAAAUGUUUGAAACUCCAGGACUUCCUCAAUUCAACAUCAUGUCACUUUUGCACGGAGAGCAGAUAGUCGAAGUUUCAAACCCAAUUCCUCCUGGCUCCCCAGUAAGAUGCAUUGCAGUGAUGGAAGAUCUUGCAGACAAAGGAAAAGGCAUGCUCAUGACUGUAAGAAUUGAUCUCAAAAACCCAGAAAACCUCGAUGAAAUGUACUCAAGGUGUUAUAUGAAAUUUUACGUCAGAGGACUCGGUGGAUUCGGAGAUAAAGGAAUUCUAGACCAAAAGAUUCCAGAUCCUCCAGCAAGAGAGCCAGACCAGACCUUUGAAGCUCCUACAGAUGAGAGACUAGCUCUUUUCUACAGACUCUGUGGUGAUGUGAACCCUUUGCAUAUUGUUCCAAGUGCAGCUCAACUCGCUGGAUUCGAAAAACCAAUCCUUCAUGGCCUUUGUACCUAUGGAAUACUAGGAAGAGCUGUUUACGAAACAUAUUGUGAAGGAGAUGUAUCUCUUAUCAAGAACAUUAGUGUUAGAUUUGUCUCUCAUGUAUACCCGGGAGAAACCAUCAAGGUAGAUAUGUUCAAAGAAGGAGACAGCAUCUUAUUCUCAGCCACUACUCUUGAAAGAAAGGCGGUCAUUUCCACAGGUGUGGUUGACCUUAAGCCUCAAGCCAAAAUUUAGAUUUAGAUGAAACAUUCAACAUUCGUCA